CUGUGAUGUCUGUGUUGCUUCCGAGUGAAUAGUCCGAUUUGACCUGAGUAAACUGUUGAUUUCAUUGACUGGUUGAUUUUAUUUUUAUUUGAUGAUAACUAUUCUUCUUACUGAUUUGAAGUAUACUUACGGAGGUUGAGUAUCAUGUCUACUAUGCGAGCAGCAGUCGCACAUACGGCUGGACCUCCUGACGUCCUUAAAGUCAUACAAUAUCCCAUCCCCCAACCCGGUCCUGGACAAGUCCGGAUCAAAGUCAAGGCAUUCGGACUUAAUCGCUCCGAGAUGUUCACUCGACAGGGUCACUCUGGUUCUGCGGUUCAGUUUCCCCGCAUUCUCGGCAUUGAAGCCGUGGGUAUAGUCGACGCCGCCCCAGGACUAGAAGAUAUGUUUCUGCUCGGAGCUACCGUGGCAACAGCCAUGGGCGGGAUGGGCCGAGCCUUCGAUGGGGGAUAUGCCGAGUACACAUGUGUACCGGCAAAGCAGGUACAGAUACUGAAGACGAAGCUGCCUUGGGAUGUGCUGGGGGCGCUGCCAGAGAUGCUGCAGACGGCUUGGGGUUCAUUGAUCAGGUCACUCACCUUGAGACCCAAAGAUAGGUUGUUGAUUCGCGGUGGAACGUCCUCGGUGGGCCUGGCGGCAGCGGCCAUUGCUAAGAAACAUGGGGCGUUUGUGGCGUCGACGACCAGGAGCAAGGAAAGGGAGGCGUUAUUACGGGAUUAUGGAGUGGACGAGGUGUGGAUUGAUAACGGGGCCAUUUCUCAACAGAUUGCCGAAACAUCGGGCCAAUAUUUCGACAAGGUGCUUGAGCUUGUGGGAACGGCCACAUUGGCUGACUCUCUGCGUUGCGUGAAGAAGGGAGGCAUUGUUUCUAUGACAGGGAUUUUGGGGAACGAGUGGCACUUGGAGAAAGUCAAUCCAAUGGAAUUGAUUCCAAGUGAGUCGAAAUUGACGGCAUAUUCUGGAGGGGAUGAGGACUUCAUGAGAACGCCUCUGAAAGAACUGGUCAAGAUGGUUGAGAAGGGGGAGCUCCAGAUCCGGGUGGGACGCGUAUUUAAAAUGGAGGACAUUGUGGAGGCUCAUCAGUGUAUGGAAGACAGUGAGGUGGGAGGGAAGAUUGUCGUGAUUCCAUAGCCCCAUUGCGUCCUCUGGAUUUUACUGAGCAGCUUGUCCCCAUAUCUAAUGGCCGUUAGGCUUGAUCUUAAAAUGGACGAAGCAGUUGGCCCGAAACCGGCCAGAGCCAGGGGCGGUUGAAGAAACAUCGUCCUCGCUGAACAGGGCUGACCAUGUCAAGGCGUCUAAUGGCGUUCAGUAGGCGACUCCAUUUGUCGCCGAUCGAUAGCCAUUGUGACACAACAUCAUGCCGUGUAUCCCGGCAUUCCGACA